AUCUAACUAAACUUGUAAAAGAAAGAGACUCUCUUUAUCCAGAAAUUCUGUCCAUUAUGAGGGUCUCUACUUCUCAAUUUUUAGUGUUCCUACUCUUUUUUUGUGUCUACCAUUGCCAAGCUCACACUCGUUACAAGUUUGUUGUGAAGGAAGUUCCAUACACAAGAUUAUGCAGCACGAAGAACAUACUGACUGUAAAUGGACAAUAUCCGGGACCUCCAAUAUAUGUCCACCGAGGAGAGACGAUCAUUGUAGACGUCUACAAUCAGGGCAGUUAUAACAUCACUCUUCAUUGGCACGGAGUGAAGCAGCCCCGAUACCCAUGGUCUGAUGGUCCGGAGUAUAUCACACAAUGUCCAAUUCAACCAGGAGGGAAAUUUAGCCAAAAAGUUAUUUUCUCGACAGAAGAAGGGACAUUGUGGUGGCAUGCUCAUAGCGAAUGGUCGAGAGCCACGGUCCAUGGUCCUAUAAUCAUAUAUCCCAAGAAUGGAUCUGCCUAUCCGUUUCCCAAACCUGCUGCUGAAGUGCCAAUCGUUUUAGGAGAGUGGUGGAAACAAGAUAUACAGAAGAUAUACGACGCAUUCGUCAGUAACGGUGGUGACCCAAAUAUUUCCGAUGCUUAUACCAUCAACAGUCAGCCUGGUGAUCUUUAUCCAUGCUCUAAACCAGGAACUUUCAAACUUCAAGUUGAGAAAGGAACUUUCAAACUUCAAGUUGAGAAAGGUCUAACUUACCUGCUUCGGAUAAUCAACGCCGGUAUGCAAGACAUGCUCUUCUUCUCCAUUGCUAACCAUAAUGUCACUGUCGUCGCAUCCGACGCCAGUUACGUAAAACCAUUCUCAUCAAGCUACCUCACAAUAUCCCCUGGCCAAACAAUAGAUGUCCUUCUAAACGCCAACCAAAGUCCCAAUCACUAUUACAUGGCUGCUAGAGUUUAUACUGGCUUGACGUCUGUUUCUUUCGACAACACUACCACCACAGCUAUAGUAGAAUACAGUGGAAACUACACCCCAUCUUCGCCACCGCUAUUCCCUUAUCUUCCUUACUACAAUGACACACAAGCAUCCGUUCAUUUCACGGGUAGCCUCCGAAGCUUAGCCGAUGAGGACCAUCCAAUUGAUGUCCCAAAAGAAAUAAACUCAAGCAUGUUCUAUACAUUUUCAGUGAACGCAUUCCUAUGCCCAAAUAACUCUUGCGCUGGACCAAAUGGGACGAGACUGGCAGCUAGCAUCAACAACCUGACCUUUGUCAAUCCUACCAUUGAUAUAUUGCAAGCCUAUUAUUACCACAUCAAUGGGGUGUUUGAGACUGGGUUUCCCGACAUACCACCAUUGUUUUUCAAUUUUACGGCAGAAUAUUUACCAUUGUACCUCGAGGCGUCAAAACGGGCUACAAAGGUGAAGGUACUUGACUACAACUCCACAGUAGAGAUUGUUUUUCAAGGUACCAAUGUGGUAGCGGGUAGCGACCAUCCAAUACAUCUCCAUGGAUUCAGUUUCUAUGUUGUUGGAUGGGGCUUGGGGAAUUUUGAUAAGGACAAGGAUCCCUUGAAGUAUAAUCUGGUUGACCCUCCUUUACAAAACACUAUUGCAAUCCCAGUAAAUGGUUGGACCACUAUAAGAUUCAAGGCUAAUAACCCCGUUAGCUGGUUUAAACAGCUGUAUCGACCACGCAGAGGCAGGUGUGGCAACCACCUGCUCCUUCAACGUGCGUGAUGAAGAAAUUAACUUGCACUUGAUGGACAAGCUCAAAGUUAUUUGUAAGUCUACAAGUAAUUUCUUCACUCCACCUUUGCUUGGUUUCCUGUUAUUGAUCCUUUUUUUGCAUGAAUUGCUUGCUGGGGUGCCUUGUGCGUGUCAUGUUCUCUAAUUAAGAAACUGAAGCCACCUUGAGUAGAUUUCUAUUUCUUUGUGAUUUUUGGGUUGGCCUUUCUUUGUUAAUGCUCCUAUUCUUCUAUAUAUCUUCUAUUGUAUCUUGAGCUUAAUUUAAGUGUUGUACUCUUGUUUUCAAUAAAUCUUGUUUUCAAUAAAUCUUGUUUCAUUUUGCCAAUAAAGAGCGCAAUUAUUC